CCGCGUAUCAUUUUGUGGAUCCGCUUCGGUGAGCGUUAUUAGGGCGCUUGGUCCGUUCACUUUGCCCUGCUCUUUCCUCUACACCUAUUCGUAUUUCCUUUUUCCCGUUGGGUAAUUCAAAGUGUGUGUCUGUGUGUCUGUGCUUCAUUAUGUCGUCGUCGAAUACCUCUCCUCCGCAGGUUCGUGAGACCAUCAACCGCCUCAUUCAUAAUCUCGUCAACAUCAAAGAUGAGACCGGCCGAUUCCUUAUGCCAUUGGCAGACGGUCGCAUCAUCGACACCAAGUCCUGGCAUGGCUGGGAAUGGACGCACGGCAUCGGUUUGUACGGCAUCUGGAAAUACUACGAGAUGACUGGCGAUCCUGAAUUGUUGAAAAUUAUUGAAGACUGGUUUGCCGCCCGGUUUGCCGAGGGCGGCACCACUAAGAAUAUCAACACUAUGGCCGUGUUUCUGACACUGGCCUACGUCUAUGAGAAGACCGGCAACAUCACCUAUCUCCCCUGGCUUGACGCCUGGGCCGAAUGGGCCAUGCACGAUCUGCCUCGGACGCGCUACGGCGGUCUGCAGCAUGCCACCUACCUCACAGACAACUACCAGCAGCUCUGGGACGACACCUUGAUGAUGACAGUCAUGCCGCUCGCAAAGAUCGGAAAGCUCCUAAACCGCCCAGAGUACAUCGCCGAAGCCAAGCGGCAAUUCCUCCUCCACAUUAAAUACCUAUUCGACACCAAGACCGGACUCUUUUACCACGGAUGGACCUUCGAAGACGGCGGCCACAACUUCGCGCAGGCGCGAUGGGCCCGCGGUAACAGUUGGAUCACCAUUGUCAUCCCUGAAUUCAUUGAACUGCUCGAGCUCGAGCCCACCGACCCCAUUCGGGUCCACCUCAUCGACACACUCGAAGCACAAUGCGAGGCGCUCCAGCGUCUCCAGAACGAGUCCGGCUCCUGGCACACUCUCCUCGACCACCCAGACUCCUAUGUCGAGUCAUCUGCCACCGCCGGAUUCGCUUAUGGUAUUCUGAAGGCAGUGCGCAAGCGCUACAUCUCCGCGGAAUACAAGUCCGUCGCCGAAAAGGCGAUCGCGGCUGUGGUCGGGCACGUGGAUGCUGACGGCGAGUUGCAGAAUACUAGUUUCGGUACAGGAAUGGGUGAUACUCUGCAGUUCUAUAAAGAUAUUCCCCUCACGUCUAUGCCGUAUGGCCAAGCCAUGGCUAUCAUGGCUCUCGGCGAGCAUUUGCGCGGGUUCCUGUGA